UUAUAAACCUACGUGAAUUUUGGGCUAUUAUAACCCGGUAAUAUAGCUCUAUCAGUCUGGUGCCGAGCUAGUUAGUGAAGACUCUCUCAUCUUCUUUUGUGCUUUGACUUAUUAGUUUUUGGUUUAUCAUGUGGCUGUUGGUCCUGAUGACAUGAUGGGGCCUCCAAGUUCAUCAGUUCUCCACUGACAGGGUCAAAAGCUCCAUGUUCUAUUCAGUUAACGAAUUUUUCUGGUGGCAUUGCCUCUGGAGAUACAUUUUUCUCCAAUUAUCGACUCUGAUUCAACAUGGAUUGGUUAUCAUCAAGAGACAAAUCUCACAUACUCAAAACUACACAAGAUUGUCAUGCCGAAGACGUUAUAAACACCACAACGGAGCUUCUUUGUCUACGUCAACAGGAAAUCCAAAAGAGAUAUGACAAUUCCGGCACAAUGGGUUUGACCGAAGAUCCCUUCAAUAAGAAACAGGCAUACAGUAACAAAAAAUUCACGAUUGCCGCUAUUCUUGGUCUGAAGAACGAAAUGAUUUUAGCAGAGAACCAAAACAAAGAAAGACACAAUCCGCCAACUUCAAGAAAGAAAAACAGAAGUAAACGUGUCAGGACCAUUUUCACCCCUGAACAAUUGGAGAGGCUUGAAGCUGAGUUUGAAAGACAGCAGUAUAUGGUUGGGCCAGAAAGGCUGUAUUUAGCACACGCACUUCAUUUGACAGAAGCCCAGGUGAAAGUGUGGUUCCAGAACAGAAGGAUAAAGUGGAGAAAACGCUACGUAGAGCUGACACACCAAAGACUGGCAGCUCUGAAGGAGCAGCAGAGGAUUCUCAGUGAUACGCGAAACGAAUUGACAGAAAGUGGAUCUUGUGAAUCAAUGCAUUGAAAAACUGAACAAAAACAGCAGGCAAUAAUUGUAACGAUGUAGAUUUGAGGCAUAUUAUAGUUUAAUGCUUUCAGGCAUGUAGUGUUGAUAUUGUUCAUUUAUACAUAUAAGAUAUUCUAUGAUAUAACGUAUGGUAGUUUAUCGAUUAAAGAAAUGACUAUAUUAUUUACUCUAGUAUUUUAAAUGAGUUGCAGUACGUGAGUAGCAAUCAGGAUAAAAACAAAUAAAUUUGUUGACAACUGGGU